CAUGACAAAAAAUAAUAACAAAAAAAUAUAUUUACAACCGUGUUUACAACAAAGUACUCCGAUUAUCACCGUACAACUUUUUAAGCGCAUGCGCUGUUACUCUGUCAUCAACGUGAUAAGCUGUGCCGUUCUAAAAAUGGAAAGUUCGGUGUCCACACUCCACAGAUUUAUUUAUUUUAUUAGCUAUAGAAAACAAUCAACAAUUAUGUGACAGUAGUGGGAAGUAGAAUGCCAGUGGACUUGUCGUGGUGAGCCAUCUUAAAGGCCGGAGUGGAUAUUCUAUCAUUGGCAGUCAUUCCAGGUUAUGUGUUGACAUGGAAAAUAAGCCCAGCAUACAAGUAGAACUAGAUACGUGUGAAAACUGUUCUAAAUUGUCUAUGGAUGGGGAUGAAGAUAAAACUGCUGCCAUGGUGUCCCAGGCAGAGAUUUGGCAGGAAGAUAAAAAAUUCACAGUGUAUAAAGUUGUAAUUUGGUCACGCAAUGAAACUUGGCAUGUUUUUAGACGUUAUAAUGAAUUCUACAAACUUAAUGAACUACUAAAGAAACAGGUGCCAGAUUCAAAUUUAAAAAUACCAGGUAAGAAAUUGUUUUGUAACAACAUGGAUCCCUCAUUCAUUGCCUCUCGCCGGGAAGGUCUUGAUCAAUUUGUACAUCAUUUAAUGCAUCAAAACAAUUUACUAAGCAUAAGUGAAGUCCGCACAUUUUUUAAUUUGGAUACUAAAGUUAAAGAACCAGAUAGACCAAACCUUUUUAAAUGCUCUGGUACCAUAAAUUUAGGACCUUCAGAAAGACCAUCUGCUAAACCAUCAGAUUUUGUAUUUCUACGUAUUAUUGGAAAAGGCAGUUUUGGUAAAGUUUACUUGGCUGAACACAAAACUGAAUCUAUUCAUUUUGCUGUUAAAGUUUUGGAUAAAAAGCACAUACUUGCAAGAAAUGAAGUCAAACAUAUCAUGUGUGAACGCAAUGUUUUGCUUAAAAAUAUAAAUCAUCCAUUUCUUGUUGGCCUUCACUACAGCUUUCAAACCAAAGAUAAACUUUACUUUGUACUUGACUUUGUAAAUGGUGGAGAGUUAUUUUAUCACUUACAAAAAGAAGUCAGAUUCUCAGAAACCCGAGCUAAAUUUUAUACAGCUGAAAUAGCAUCUGCCCUGGGUUAUCUCCACUCUAAUGGUAUUAUUUAUAGAGAUCUCAAACCAGAAAACCUCUUACUUGACCAAGAAGGACAUUUGGUUCUUACUGAUUUUGGAUUUUGUAAGGAAGGUCUCAUUGGAACUGAAACUACAAAUACAUUUUGUGGAACUCCUGAAUAUCUCGCUCCUGAAAUAAUCAGGAAAGAAGCAUAUGGCAGAUCAGUUGACUGGUGGUGUCUUGGUGCAGUACUAUAUGAAAUGUUAUUUGGACUCCCACCGUUUUACAGUUUAAAUGUGCAAGAAAUGUAUAAUUUAGUUUUACAUAGUAGAUUAAAAAUAAAAGGACCUGUUUCAUCACAAUGUAAAAAUUUAUUGCAUAAGUUAUUGGAAAAAGAAAGCAAUAAAAGAAUUGGUAGCAAUGUUCAAGAUUUCAAUGAGGUUAAAAAACAUUCAUUUUUUAAAUCAAUCAAUUGGGAUGAUUUAUUGAAUAAACGUAUUACACCUCCUUUUCAACCACAACUGAAUGGAACAUGUGAUCUGCAAUAUAUUGAUCCACAAUUUACAAAAGAAUCUGUCAGUUCAUCCAUGUCAUCAUUUUGCGAUGAAAAACUUUCUACUAGUAAACACGACAUAGAUAAUGUUUUUGCUGGUUUCUCCUACACUCCUCCGUCUAGUUUAGAUUAAUAAUAACCAAAUAAUAAUAUUGUUCCUAUCCUUAGUUUUUAUAAUUUACAUUUAAUUGACUUGUAUGCUGGCUUGCUAAGACUUACUUUCUACAACUUUUAAAUAUCUACACAAAAUGUUUUUAUUCUAGUUUAAUAGCUGUGAUUCUAAAAUAUUAAAAUCAAUGUUUUCAUGUUUUUAAGAAGCAAUAAAUAAUAUGUUCAAAAUAAAUAAGCAAUAACAUUCCAUUUUUAAUACACUAGCACCAGUGUGUGUUCAUACAUUAAUUUUGCAACUUAAUAAAAAGUCAGGGUCUUAAUAAGAAAAAACAAUUUAUAAAAGAAUUCAUUGAAGUAUAUUAUUAAUUAAUAUUACUUGAUAUGAUAUUUUAAUUGUUAAUCACUGCCAAAAUGUUGCAAUAUGAAAAAAAAAAUUGAAUUUUAAAAAUGAUAACUGUGAUUUAUUACACCAUCUUUAUUUGAGCUUAAACAUCAAAUUCUUGAACAUUAUUGUACUGCAUAAACUGUGAGUUUAUAAUAACAUUUAAUAAGUCUUAAUAGUGAAAACUAGUAAUUCAAUAUGCAUGUAUACACUAAAAAUAAAUUAAAUUGUAUUAUAUUAUAAUAUAUCAUACUUAAAUAAUUUAAUCUAUACUCUAUUAUAGGUGUGUGUUAUAAAUAUUGUAUACCCAAUUACGCAUUAAUUAGAACAUACCAACAAAUUCCUAAUAAAUAAAACAUUUACAUUGUGUAAUUUAUUAAAUAAUAGCCAAUAUGUAGGUACACAAAUUGUUUAUUGCUUCUGACCCAUGUAUUAUCAUAACAUGAAUUACUAAUAUUACUACUAAAUGUAUUGUAAGGUAUAAGUCAUUCAAUGUUAAGAUUAGACUAAUUCAAUUUAUUAACUAUGGAAUAUAACACUGUGUUAAUUAUUACAAAUCGACAUUCACUGGAUACUGCCAUAAUUUAUUGUUAAUAAUUAUACUAUGUGCUUUUUCUAGGGUUGUUGUUUUAAACAAAUUUAAAUGAUUUUAAAAACCAAAUGUUACUUAUAUUAUGUAUAAUUCUUACUAAAGACUUACUUAACUUCUCAUCCUAUGUUUGUUUAAUGUUUAUGUGAUUUAUAUACAAUAAUUUACUAUAUAGGAAUUAUUAC